AUGUCGCGAGGACAGGGCGCCCUUCAGACCCUCGAAGUGGCAGAAGGAACAGCUGCAGGGAGUGGGUGUGAGGAGAGGGCACGGAGAGCAGCUGGAGCUGACACAGCGGCCGGGGUGCUCCCACCUCAACCUCCCCACCCAGGUGUGCCUGGAGCGGCGGAGCAGCCAGAGCCUGAGCUGGUGGAGGUGGAAGUUGGUGGCACGGCCCUUCUGAAGUGUGGUCCCUCCCAUUCGCAGGGCAACUUCAGCCAUGUGGACUGGUUUUCUGUCCACAAGGAGAAGCCAACACUCAUCUUCCGCGUGCGGCAGGGCCAGGGCCAUAGUGAAUCUGGGGAGUACCAGCAUCGGCUCAGCCUCCAGGACAAGGGGACUACCCUGGCCCUGACACACAUCACCCCCCACGACGAGCGCAUCUUCCUGUGCCAGGGCAGGCGCCCUGGGUCCCAGAAGCAUCGCAUCCAGCUCCGGGUCUACAAAGCUCCGGAGGAGCCAAGUAUCCAGGUCAAUGCCCUGGGCAUUUCUGUGAACAGUAAGGAGCCUGAGGAGGUUGCUACCUGUGUGGGGAGGAAUGGAUACCCCCUUCCUCAAGUCAUCUGGUACAAGAACGGCCGGCCCCUGAAGGAGGAGAAGAACCGGGUCCACAUCCAGUCAUCCCAGAUCGUGGAGUCGAGUGGUCUGUACACUUUGCAGAGCGUUCUGAAGGCACAGCUGGCUAAGGAAGACAAAGAUGCCCAGUUUUAUUGCGAGCUCAGCUACCGGCUGCCCAGUGGGAACCACAUGAAGGAAUCUAGGGAGGUCACUGUCCCUGUUUUCUACCCGGCAGAGAGAGUGUGGUUGGAAGUGGAGCCUGAGGGGAUGCUGAAGGAAGGGGACCGCGUGGAAAUCAGGUGUUUGGCUGAUGGUAAUCCACCUCCCCACUUCAGCAUCAGCAAGCAGAACCUCAGUACCAGGGAGAUAGAGGAAGAACAGACUGAUGACAACGGGGUCCUGGUCUUGGAGCCUGCCCAGAGGGAGCACAGUGGGCUGUACCAGUGUCAGGGCCUCGACUUGGAAACCACAGCAUCGCUGCUGAGUGACCAACAGGAGCUGCUGGUGAACUAUGUGUCUGAUGUCCGGGUGAGCCCCGCAGCCCCCGAGAGCCAGGAGGGCAGCAGCCUCACCCUGACCUGUGAGGCAGAGAGUAACGAGGCCCUUGAGUUCCAGUGGCUGAGAGAAAAGACAGGCAAGGUGCUAGAACAGGGACCUGUGCUCCGAUUGCAUGAUCUGAAACGAGAGGCCGGGGGUAGCUACCGCUGCGUGGCAUCUGUGCCCAGUGUACCCGGCCUGAACCGCACCCGGCUGGUCAACGUGGCCAUUUUUGGGUCCCCGUGGAUGGCAGUAAGGGAGAGAAAAAUGUGGGUGAAGGAGAAUUCAUUGUUGAACCUGUCCUGUGAAGCAUCAGGGCAUCCUCGGCCCAGCAUCGCCUGGAGCAUUGAGGGCACGGCAAGUGAGCAAGACCAAGAUCCCCAGAGUGUCCUGAGCACCCUGAAUGUCCUUGUGACCCCAGAGUUGCUGGAGACCGGUGCUGAGUGCGUGGCCUCCAACUCCCUGGGCAGAAACACCACGAUCAUUAUCCUGGAGCUGGACUCCAACAGAACCGCUAGCCUCAGCACCUCCACUGUCAGUCCUCAUGCCAGAGCCAACAGCACCUCCACAGAGAAAAAGCUGCCAGAGCCGGAAAGCAAAGGUGUGGUCAUUGUGGCUGUGACCGUGUGCGUCCUGGUCCUGGCUGUGCUGGGCGCUGUCCUCUAUUUCUUCUACAAGAAGGGCAAGCUGCCGUGUGGACGGUCAGGCAAACAGGAGAUCACGCUGCCCCCGUCUCGUAAGAGCGAAUUUGUAGUUGAAGUUAAGUCAGAUAAGCUCCCAGAAGAGAUGGGCCUCCUUCAGGGCAGCAACGGUGACAAGAGGGCUCCAGGAGACCAGGGAGAGAAAUACAUCGAUCUGAGGCACUAGCCCACUGACUCACAGAGCUCCCGCCCCUGCCUGGAACAUUACCUGCUCCCUGCUCACCCUUCUCCCCAGCACUCAGGAUGGUCGCCAAAGCCUCUGAAAUAGAACACAGAGAAGACCCCCGCUCCGGCUCACCUGCAGACCCCGUUUCAGAGGGCACAUAGGCUAGGACCAGAGCCGUCCUGAGAACUCAGGACCUCACGUGGCCCUGGAGACCCCCCUCUUCAGGGACCAGUCCACCACUGUCUCAAUUUGCUAACUGAUGCUAAUCCCAGGGAGGGGGCCUCAGUCUCCCAGAAGUGCAGAGGAGUGUUUUUUGCAGAACAUUUUUUCUUUACACAUACUAUGGAUGUAAAUACCUGUCUUCUACCAGCAGCCAGAUUAGGUAGCCUAUUUAUCUUGAGCCAAUUUCCUGCUCCAAGGCUGGCCUUCUAAUUCAGUUGCAGCCCUGAAGUAAGGCUGCACUGAGCCCAGGGUCCUCUCUCUUGGUGAAGUAUGUUGCUUACACUGGUUCUGGAGAGGCGCCCCCCAGCAAUAUCUGGAAGUAGCUGCCUGCCUGCCUCUGGAGCUCCUUUGGCGACACUCCUUUCUCUGUGCAGAAGCCAGGACCUGGUGUCAUCCUUUAAAAUACAUGGUGUAUCUCACUGUCCCUGCAGUGAGGAAGCUGGGAGCCAUCUUCCAGAGUUAAGAGCCAUUGAACCUGAGCCCCACCAUUCAUUUGGCUCCCCUGCCCUCUCAAGGAGUCAAUUAAUACUGAACACUGGGGGCAGCAGGUGGAGAUGAGGUCCAGACUGUCCUUUAUGAGAAUUAAGGCUAUAGAGUUAUAUUAGCAUCAGACUUCUACAAGCUGAACUAAUGGGCCUAGACCUUAGCAGAAGGGCCCUGAUGGAAGAAUGGUACUUGGGUAUGAGAAACGGGCCUGACUAGAGCUUUGGGGCAUCUAUGUGUCUGCGCGCGCACGUGUGUGUGUAUAUAUCGUUUUGUUAGGUUGUAAAUUUGCAAAUUGUUUCUCUUUUUUAUAUAUGUGUGUGUAUAUAUAUAUGAAAAAUAAAGCUUAAUUGUCCCAGGAAUCUUAA